AUGGCCUUUGCCCUUGUCCUGAUAGUAGUAGGGGUGGUGAUGGGCACCUUGAAGGGCAGUGCAGCUGCGGUUACUGAUCAGCUGGAGCCCUCUACACUGGCUGGGAUAGUACUAGCUCUAUGUGGUACGGUCUGCACAGCUGUAAAUGGUAUCAACAUGAAGAAAAUAUGGCGUAAUGAUCGAGAGAUCAGAGGGGCUGUGGAACUGACUGAUAAUUCAACGGCUAAGAGUGAGGGUGUGGAGACGACUGUGGCAUGA